UAGAACCGUACCGAAAGAACUAUAAUUGAGCACAGAGCAGUCAAUUGGUUUAUACUAGCUCGUGAAAAGGAUAGUAGAUUGGGCAGUGGACUGAGUUGUUUUACUUUCUGAAAGAAAUCCCUGCACAAGGCCUCGCUCAUUUCCGAAUUCUUUAUAAUGGAUGUUUUUUUGUCCGAUUUACGAGACUCUUUCGUUAAGAGUGAUUUGGAUCUUCAGCACAAACUAAUAGCUAAAAUUGAAAAGUGGAACCGUAUUCGCAUCAGUGCUGAAAAUGCCCAGUAACUUAUAAUUUUUCUAAACGAUACUUUCUCAGAACCGUUAAUGAUUGUCUUUACAACGUGCUGCCCAUUUACUAUUCACAUUCCCUACAUGGGUGUUCCUUUUGUAAAUCCGAUAACUAUAUGACCUGGACUUCCCUUUUGGCUUCAUUUCUUGACUCCAGAGUGUUGCUUCAGAAACACAACACACACGGCAAUCUUAAUUUGUUGAACUCAAAGGAUCUUUGUAUGGUUGAAUUUACGCUUUCAGGUGAAACUAUUUAUCUAGUUGACGUACUUCUACAAAUGAACACCAUUGCUCUUGUCCCUGAAUUUGGAGAGUUAGUUGCGAAACGAAUAUUUUCUUUAGGCAAGUCGACUUUUAAACAUGAUGCAAAUGUCAUCAGAAUCCUCAUGCUUCAUAAGUGGCUGGAUCUUAACUUUUCUCACAUUGAAAAACCUACUAUUGAGCAACUGGGUAAAUAUUUAGAUCCAAACUCCGUUUUGGAUUGGAUAAGUCUAAGAAUCCGGAAUGAUAUAAAGACAGGAUACUGGAAAACAUGCACAGUAGCCGACAAAAUACAAAUACUUUUGAACUCUUUUGAUCUAUCUACUUUGGCAACACUACUUGGUCCGUCCAAAACUUCCGGUGUCGGAGGACAGAGUUAUGCAAAGGAACAUAGUCGAAAAAAAGAGUUUGGGAGAAAAUUCCAUCCGUCCACUUCUCCACUAGUGGGUGACGUUUGCACAGACAUAGUUGAAGAGGCAAGCCACUUUCCACCGUAUUCACCUACAGAACAGGAAAACUCAAGUAGCUUGAGUGUAGAAUGUGAAACAGAUAUUGUGUCAAAAGAUAAACCAAGACCAGCUGGCAGAAAUAAUCGGAAACGCAAAAUAUCUUAUCAUGAGGAAAAUGUCCAAGGUGAUAAUGAACUUAGCACACCAUCAAGAAAGACGAAAUUAAACCGUAAAUGUAGCACCAUUGAGUUUACAAACGAAGUUUCGGAAAUUGCACACAACAUCAGUAUCAAUCAGAAUACGCAAGAAGAUGUUUGUAUUGAAACUCCCUUGUAUAAGGAGCCCAUUAGCCCGAUGGAACGCCGUCAGAAUGUGAGUUCACACAGAAGACAGAGUAUGUCAAAGGACAGAAUCCCCACAGUCAGUGCAAACAGAAAUUUAUGCGUGACUCGGAAUAAUAGAGCGAUUUCGGAGGUUUCCGUGUGCUUAGAUAAUGAUUCAAAUAAGCCAGUUACCAAGCAGUCAGAAACUAUCAAUGCUGUUGAUUAUACGACAGCUGUACAAAACAAAUACUCGCUGCGCACCAGACACUCUUCGAAAUAGUCUUGACUGUAAACGGUCCGUGAGGUUCCUGUCUCAGAUGUACCACAUAUAACUUUUGUCGUUCUCGCUAAUAAAUGCGUUUGCAAAUAAA